AUGAAACGUCGUAAAUCGUAUACAGCAGCUUUCAAGCUAGACGCCGUCAAUUAUCGUGAUUUGCAUGGAACAUUGGCAGCGGCUAGUCAUUUUGAAGUCACUGAAGCAAUGAUAAGAAAGUGGGUUGUUGAUCGACAAAAUCUUCAAGAGAUGCCAGCAACGAAGAGAGCCCGACGAUACAAAAAACCAAGCGUUGAAGAAGUUGAAGAUGCCAUCUACAACUGGGUUGUCAAAAAACGAGAAGAAAAUAGAGCUGUCACGGUGAAAGAAAUAAGGACCAAAGCAAAGGAAUUAGCAGAAGAGCAUGGUCACCAAAAUUUUAAAGCAUCUGCGCAUUGGUGCAUCCUGUUUAUGACGCGAAAAAGCUCUCUGUACGAAGAAGAACAAGUGUCGGUCAACCAUUACCGUCUGACCAUCUACAAAAAUGCUCGGAUUUUCGAAAGUUCGUUGCAGCUGAAGCCUUAA